AUGGAUGUGAGUUUCUUCUUCUUCCUACCGCCACCUUGCUUGAUCGCCGCGAUUCUAAUGGCUUCGCUCAAGGCGUUCUACGUUUACACAUACGUAGCCAGCGCAUGGCUCGCAGUCCAGGGGUUCUUUCUAGCUACGGCCCCUAAGUUUAUCGUCACUUUGCUCUUGGAUGACAGCCGUGUCCAGCCCACCGACAUCGAAGCCUAUCUAUCCCGCUCUCUCGGCCUCACUCUACUUGCAAUCGCAAUGCUAAUCAUCUCGCUAAGCGGCUUGCUCCCCUUGACAUCGCCGACCGAUGCUAUUUCCGUUGAAGAGACAGAUGCCCGUGCCCCAUACGCAGUCUCGGCGCUGCUGAUCACUACUUUGCUCCACGGUGCUCUAGCAUUCUACAACUAUACGUGUUAUGUUUCUACUAGCCAGACCGCAAUGGCUCUGGGAAUGGUUGGCUCCACGAUCGUGGCGGCCACGGGCGUUUGGUGUUUGCUCUUCGCUACGGACAAAGGACGGAUCAGUCGCAGAACAGGCGCUGACAAGAGGACAUCCGGGUUUCCCUUUAAAAAUACUGAGGCGGACAAACGACAUCCGGAAAGAAAACAGCUGUAA